AUGAGUGGAAUAGGAAAGACAACCAUAGCUAAAAAAAUGUUUGCCAAGAACUUUGCCCAUUAUGAUAAUGUGUGUUUCUUGGAAAAUGUAAGCGAAGAAACAGAAAAGUUUGGACAAAUGUAUGUUCGUAAUAAGCUUCUUAGUGAGCUACUGAAGCGAGAAAUUACUGCAUCUAACGUUCAUGGACAACACACAUUCAUUAAGAGGAGGCUCAGUGGUAAAAAAAGUUUUAUUGUACUUGAUGAUGUUGAUAAUGCUACACAAUUAGAUGAUUUGUGUGGAGUACUUGACGACCUUGGACAUAACAGUAGACUCAUUAUCACAACGAGAAACAAAGAUAUUCUUAGUGAAAAAGUUGAUAAGAUAUAUGAGGUCACACUAUGGAAGCUUAAAGACUCUCUAAAGCUUUUUAGCUUAGGAGCCUUCCGGCAAAGCUAUCCCAGAGAGGGUUACGAGCGUAUCUCGGAAAGGGCAGUUGAAUAUGCAGGAGGUGUUCCAUUAGCUUUAAAAGUUUUGGGUUUACAUUUUAAAUCAAAAAAACCAAAAUCUUGGGUAUCUGAGUUGAAUGAUUAUGAGAACAAAGGAGAAACCUUCCCCGGGUAUUCAAAAAGUGUUACAGCUAAGUUAUAA